GCUAUGGCCCUCCCGAACGGAACUGACGAUACGAAUUCAGUCGCGCGUUCGUCCUGUACGAACAAUACAAUUCGCAAUCCCCCUCGAUUGUUCAUCCUUGCGUAUUUUAAUUGAACUUUGCUACAGCCAAGGAGCAUGGUAACAAGAACGUUUUCGUACCAUAUGUACCUGUUGCAGUGCUUGCCAUCCUUGAAAAAUGCCGCGUUCAGGAGUAAGCGAUACUUCUUCGCUUCGUUUCAGUGAAGACAAAAAUACCGACGAGAGUGAUAGCAGCACACCGCGUGGCGAAAGCCCCGGGCGAGGAACACUGAACACCGUGAGAAGUGUGCAUCAAUUCUGUGCAUCCCCAGCUUUUGUAGAAGAUGGCGCCGUUACAUAUGAGACUUUUCAGCGCGUAUGCGGGAGAGGGUUUGCCCCAUGGGAGGUCCAUCGGCCUCAGCAAGCUGUGCGUGAACUCCUGACUUCCGGCUGCUUUACGUCGGGUGCUGUGCUCGACUGCGGUUGCGGAAUAGGCGACAACAGCCUCUUCAUCGCCAAGUACACCUCCUGCAGUGUGGACGCGGUGGACAUGCCCUCUCCUUCCUCCUCGUCCUUCCCCCUCACCAGCUGCGAGAGCCAGGCUGCCGCAGUGCAUUGCGUUUGCUGAGAUGAAGGCGGGGCUGCGCAGCAUGCGGGGCCGGGUGGGCUGGCAGUGCUUCGACCUGCUGCGCUGGGACGAGUCCCCCCUGGCCGGCCGCAGCUACGACGUCAUCCUGGACAGCGGGCUGCUGCAGUGCCUGGGGGGGCCCACCCGCCUGCGCUACCUGGGACUGCUGGGGCGGCUGCUGAAGCCGGGGGGCACGCUGUACGUGCUGGCGCUGUCGGACCAGGAGACCUCCCCCGGCGGCCCUCCCCGCACCAGCCGCUCCCAGCUGGAGUGGCUGCUGGGUGCGCAGCACGGCUGGGCGCUGCAGUACGUGCGGCCUCACUUCCUGGAGCUGCACCCCACCUUCUGGGGGGGCAGGGGGCAGGCGUACCUAGCGGCGGC